AUGCAUCAACAGAAAUACUUUAUGAAGCUUAUGAUUCCCAGCGAAAUCCUUCUAAAGACGAAAGGUAAUGAUUGUUGACGAUGCAACUUUUUGUUAUUAGAGUACUGAAGUACUAUUCUGUAUGAAUAAAAAUAAGUUUAGGUUUUCUCCUCUAGUAACACUAGAACAAUAAGGGAUUAUCCUUUCAACACCUCUAGGGAGAACAGUUUAGAGUUGGUAAUUGUAAUAAAUUGUUAGUUACGGGUGUUGGUGCCCAGAAAAUAUAUUUCGCUUCUUGGCAGCAAAACCCAAAAGUAAAAAUUUGUUGUGUAAGUCAAAUAUCAAACUUCCUGAAUAUGUAGAUUUAAGGCCUGUUUAAACGGAUCCAACAUUGUUGGACCAACAUCAUCCAACAAAAAAUAUUUGAAAAAGAAGCCGUUUGGGCCAUUAUUUCAACAAUGUUGGAUGAUGUUGGCCCAACAAUGUUGGAUCCGUUUAAACAGGGCUUUAUGAGAACGGUGACGUAUGCCGAAAACAAGCGUACAUUAUAGCCACAAACCAUGACCGGAUUUAGAGGGGAGGUGUGGGGUGGUGCGCACUUCUCCUGAGAUAGUUUUGCACCUCCCCUGAGAAUUUUUGCACCUCCCCUGAAAAGUCAUGCACCUCCCCUUGGGGAAGUUUCAAUGAUAGAUCAAAGUGAAUUUUUGACAUUUUUGGUUGCUUAAGGUCUACACUUCGCAAGAAAGUUUUUCUGUAAAAUUGAAACAAUGACAGCCAUUCGUCUCUGUAUCAAGACUCAAGUACCCUUUUAAUGCAAUGUUUUGAAAGAAAUUUUGUAGUAAUUGUAAUGAAGGGCAAAAUUGAGUUGUAAAGUGACAAUUCAUAAUACACUGAUACAUAUGUACACUAGUUGACUGCAUGCAUACGUGACGUCGUUGACUUUGGCCGUUCUAAGCCCUAACUUUCCAUGGCGGUCGUGAGCUAGACCGCUGCACCUCCCCUAACGUUUUUUCCACCUUCCCCACUAUUUCCAUCAAAAUGUACUUAUUUAUAAAUCGAGUAUAAAUUAUUACAAGAGUAUAUAAUGAUUAUACAUGGCAGAAUAACAAGAGGACGCGGGGUCCCUAUCGAGGUUAUAUACAGAGCCAUUAUAUACAGAGCGUCGAGAAACUGUAAAAGAUUGGAAUUAAUCUUGAACUGUCUUUGCCAGUGCAAGUAGUUCCAAUAAUAUGAACAAGCUUUCGUUGGUAGGGAUAGCCCAGUAUAACGCCAGACGAAGGGCCUUCGCUCGAAACGUCGAAAUUCUCCAUAUUUUUUCAGUUAGGGGCUGUUCAUAUGAUCCCACUUACCGAGACGUCUUGCUUAGCGUAUACAAAACUUCUACAUUCAGUCAAGCAACACAAAUAUUUAGCGAUUUUAGUGUUUUUCUUCGUUUGUUUACAAGAAAAUGUAUUGCUUUAGGUGCAUAUUUAAUACUUGUUUACAAAACAAACAUAAAACUAAGUAAAAAGUGUUAAAUUAAACGGCAAGACUUGUUUGACUUCAUCCCGGUAAGCGGGCUGGCGUGUUCAUAUCAGUGGAAAAUUUUUCAUCCCGCCUGCCUAUGAUCUCGGCAAAUUCAAACGGGAUCUCGGCAGCGGGCCAGCUCGCUUUCUCAUAUGAACACAAUGCAAAAUUUUGUAGGAAAAUAACUAGGCGGCGAGAUCAUCGGUAAGCGAGACGUCUUGGUAAGCGGGAUCAUAUGAACAGGCCCUUAGUUGCAUUCCUACCAAUGAAAGCUUGGAAUUAUAGUAUUUUGGGGAGAAUGAAGAAUUUUAGUGUUUAAUUUGUGAGUAGAAGACAUGGAAAUAAUAGAUCUAAUAAUAGAUAUCUAUUAUUUCUAGUAUAUAAUAUAGAUAUCUAAUUUUUGAUAUUUAUUAUUUCUAUGGUAUAAAAUCAAGGUGAGAAAAAUGCUAAAUUUCCAAUUUUCCCGCCUUGUAGGUAGUGGUAGCAUCGACCAAAUUUCUACAGUUGAUACCAAGCCCUCGCUAACAGCAGUCAAUGAAAAAACAAUCAUGCCCAAGCCUCCGCCAUUCCCAACGUUUGUCACACAUCCGCUGACCAAGUUCACCGACACAUCAUCUUUGGAGCGAGCGGUGAGCCCGCGUACACCCAUUUCAGCGUCUUCAACAACCCAACCUUCAACAGCCCCACUCGCAAGAUUGCCUACAAUGUCACUGAUUAAAUUCGAACCUAGUCCCCCACUCGCGACGCAAGUAUCUACGUACGGACAUCAAACUGCGCCUGCGCUAUUGCAGCGGCCUGUAUCAGUAGCAUUCGGGGCUAUGCCUCAUCAGAUCUUAACCCCUGCACAACUUCAGGUAAUAUGCUAGAAUCCACGUAUCAAAUAAUAGGUUUUACCACCCCCUCAUCCCCAGGGCAUUUUGCCGCCAAGGCUUAAGGUCGGCGAAAAUGGCCCUGGGAUUGGCUGGUCAAUUCUACAAUCCCAUUGGUCUGUUCAAAAACGCAUUAAUUCUUUUGCAGAAUUGCAGUAUAAUUUAUUCAAAUAACUCUAGUGAUUUAAAAACUUUUUGUCUUCAAAUUAUGCGGUAAACUUUAUACGAGAGUAUAGUCAAGAUUCACUUACGUCCUAUACUUGCCGUAUACUGCACAGGAGCCCAUCCCAUGUCUUAUUGAAAGCAAAUAUUGAAUGUACAUAUAGUAUUUAUAUAGCUCAGUGCUAAAUCUAAGGGCGCGCGGCCUGCCUGUUGCGGGCUGACGAGAGUGCGCAACCAACCCGCAACAGACAGGCCGCGCGCCCUUAGAUUUAGCACUGAACUAUAUAAAUACUAUAUGUACAUUCAAUAUUUGCUUUCAAUAAGACAUGGGAUGGGCUCCCUGUGUAUACUGCCCUUAAAAUAACGUCUUUUAGAUGAAUAAAUUGGAAAUAGUUCAUUACAUCACAUUUGUUAUUCGCAAACAAACAACAAACAUAUCAUGAACAAAGAUUUAAUUUCACAUCAAAUUAUCGUAUCAAAACCAUUGAUCAAAACACCCAGAAAUUAUGGGUGUCAUGUGACCAGCCGAUCCCAGGGCCAUUUUCGCCGACCUUCAGUCGUGAAGAACGUGGAGGCAAACUGCCCUGGGGACGAGGUUGGGUUGAACUCAGAAUGCAACCAAUUUGAAUGAAAACUUGACAUGUAAUAGAGCGAGACAUUACCACUCAUUGGAAGUUUUUGAAAUUAGCAUUGUAAACCGGAAGCACGGUUAUCGGCAAAUGUAUGGGAUUUACUACUUUUUUUGGGACCAUAUAUAUUCAUCCGGUUAUUAAAAUUUUUGUACCGUGAUUCUAUUACAAAGUGUUUGUAGUAUUAAUUCUAUGCAUUUGCAAGGCACAAAAAAUAUAUGUGGCCCCGCUUCUAUGCAGCUCAAAAAAGUAUGUGCCCCGUCCCCUUUUACUCCUGUCCCGUAUAAAAUACAUUUUGCAUGCCCCCUAUUUCUGUCGAGUGGGACGCCCAAAAUCCUUAAAUUUAUUUUCAUUUAUGACAGGUCAUCACAGGUCUAGUGCCAGGCCAAAUGUUGCCAAUGACGCAUGGAGCCACCGGCAUUGUUGCCCAGCCUGGUGAAAUUGGAGCACACGGGGCUAUUCCGCCGGGUCACGUGACGAACCUAAUGCUACCAAGUCAUCUCAGCAGUCAACCGAUCCCAGUGCACGCUGUGAAUUUGAUGUCGAUGACCAGCGGUCAGCCACAGGUCUUAUACUCCGUGUCGUCCCAAUCAUCUGUGCCACCGGCCUUGUUAUCGAGUACGGUCACGGCGCCUGCCUCACUUCCGGCCAGCAGUCAUUUGCCAGGUUCAGUAACCGCUGCCCAGGUGGCCGUACCAUCUGUGGGCUCAAGUGGUGAUAUUGCCACUCAGCGCCAGUCCUUCCUGCCACAGAUUGCCACGGUCCAAGGCUCUUUGCCAACAGCACAUAUCAACACAUCAUCCUUACCGAAUCAAACAUCACGUCAAGUGAUAGCUCCAGUUAGUAUUCAAUCCCAGAUCUCCACGCCUUCGACCGUCGGGGCCAAACAGGACCUAUUGCCGACUCGUGUUCAGUCCCCUAGCGCGGUUUAUCCAGGUAUACCAAGCCUACGGUCAGACAACUUGAUUGACACUAAACGACUGGAAGUAUCAGAGGAGGUCUUAAAUUCCUCUAGUGUCCUAAAACCCGAGGACACUUUGAACACCGGGGAUACGUUGGUAGUCGAGAUGAAACCCGUUGGGUUAAAUGAGAGUAAGACAGUAGAAAGUCCCGACAACACCCAAAAUGACCACAAUGAUCCAUCAAUGCCCAUUAGUUUUGUCACCGAUGACCCAGAGUUGGCUCAAGAAAUUGUCGGCGAGAAUGAAUUCAAGGGACCGAGCCUGACUCUAAGCGAGGAGGGCGUUGUGAACAGAAGCAUCGACGACGCGUCCCACAAUGGAUUGCACUCUGAAGUCGAGCUUCAUACGGUUGUUGAAAGCAGCGAGUAAAAUUAAAUGUGGAGAAUAAAACUACAAGUACGAUGGAACUUAACAAUAUUCAAGGGACCGGUCAUUAUUUUUUGUGGGAGGUGGCACCGAAGAGAAAGAUUUUUCUUGGCAAAAAUUUUGCUGAUCCGACCACUGGAAAGUUAAAAUAUUUUUUACCCAACCUCAAAUAGCAAUUAAAAAAUAAAUGCCCACCCCUGGCCAAAAACUCGCCUCGCCAUUCAAUAGGCCAUUCCAGCUUUUAGUUUUUGCGUGCAGGGGACGAUGGGAAGUAAGGUAUCACAUUGCUGAUUAUGCUGAAAAAAUAAAAAUGGUGGCCGUGUAAACACGGAGUGAUAGCUUACACUUGUAAAUAUUGAAAUGUUUCGGGAGUUUCGGGAGUUUUUAUUGAAAUUUUUCAGCAUAAUCGGCAAUAUGAUACCUUACUUCCCAUCAUCUCCUGUAGGCAUAAACUAAAAGCUGGAAUUGCCUAUUGUCACACAUGUCCUUUACCACUUCCGCGUGACCUGAGUUUGAUAACUGCUCGUGCAAUUUUCUGCAGUCUAAAGAUUCAUGCUGUCUACACAUGUACUUUCUUUCGAGACACCAUUUGCCUCUCGACAAAGGGGAAAAUGAUCAAGAUAGUGACUCUGAUUGAUUUACAUAUAACAUAUUGUAUUGACAUAUGACGGUUGACAUUACUUUUUAGUCUUCAAUAUUUUUAGUGAGUCGUGCUUUGGAAAUGACAAUACUUUUAUAUUACCCAACCCUUGAGUUGUUUUGUUUUUCAUUUACCCAACCUUUUACUUAAUCACAAUUUUGUUUACCGAACCCUUUUCUCUUCGGUCCCACCCACCCACCCCCGCCAUAAAUAAUCAUGUGUCAUAAACAGUGAUACAUGAAUGAGCAACCACCAGUGACCCCAAACUAUGCCCCAACGUGUCCUGCUCGAGUCUAACCCGCAGAAAUGUUUACAAAAGUACAUCAGUAUAUAUAAUUUUUUAUAUUUUUAAAAAUGAAAUUCAUAAUAUAUCUCCAUAUACAUUGUUUGGUUUAUAUUUAGUUAAGUGUUUUAUAUAGAAAUUAUUAUGUAAAAUAUAUAAUAUAUCGCAGAAUAUUAUUAACUUAAGUAUAUAAUUACUGUCUAUGUAAAAUAUAUCAUAUCACAGUCACAGAAAGGUAUCAACUGGUUAAGUAAUAUAUAAACGAU